AUGUUAGCGCCCCCAACGUGGUUCGACUUCUCCGCCGAGUGCAUAUACACUGCACAGAAACAGAAAAAAAACAAGUCUUGGCGAGAUGGUCUCUGCACGUGCUGCUUUGAGCGUGGCUGGGUCGUAUUGAAGCUGUUUCCUGAAGGCGCUAGCAUCAGCAGCGAGCCCCUCGAGGUUUGGCGGCUUGCUCCCAACACCCCAGAGGCUGUGGCGCAACAGGAAAUUGAACUCCAAGUGCAUUUGGUUCAAUUGUUGGGGAACCCUCAGCCUUUGCGUGGACAGAAGAAGCUGCAGGCUCAGCCUCAGCCUCAUUCUGCAGAGGUUCAGAAGGCUCCAGGAUCCCUCUCUUCAUCGAAUUCACAGUCUGCUGCUUCAGCGGAUCGGGUUAAAGUCCUCCCGAAGCGGCGCCUUGCCGGGGGCUUGCCUCGGCCUAAUGGAGUUUCCCCUCAGGGCUUCAGGAGGCCUGCACCCGUGCCGCCGCAGGAAGCGGGAUUUGGGCAUUCUGUUCUUAAUGAAUCAGGAUGGAAAGAAUUGGAAUCCGCUCAUCCACAGAGCCACCGCUCCACUGGGACCUGUGCCCCAUUUGUGCCUCCGUUGCUCCGACCCGCAGAGGAGCCACCGAGUGUGUUGGAGCCGCUUCCCUUAGAGGAGGCGUGGGCUGUGAACGGCGCUAAAGCACUGCUUUCUUCGAUCUGUCUGUGCUGCGGUGGCUUAGAUUGUUGCCAUUUCGCUGAGCCGUGCGUGGGAACGGGCAGCGGCGUGGCUGACUUCUUCCGCGGGCUUUUCAAUGAAAUUCAGACUGGGGCUCUGCCGCAACUCCGGCAGCUGGAAAGCCAAGCAGACCUAGCUUUCCCGAAUAUUCAAGAAAUUUCAACUCCGGCUGAUGAGGGAGAUACGUUAGAUGGGGGGAAUUCCCAGUCUGAACCCUGGACUGCCGUUGAGCGCUGCCCUGCAGCUGUUGCGGCGCCAUCGCGGCAGGAACUCCACUCUCUCGAGGCAAAUUCAAACACUGCCUUUCAGUAUGGGGCGCCGGUAGAGGUCGCUGCAGAGGGCACUCUCUCGAGGCAAAUUCAAACACUGCCUUUCACAGCUGCCUCUUUCAGCGCAGGAGCUCCUCUUCCAGUCAGCAGUGGUGCGGGCUCUCCGCGCAACACCGAGCGCAGGAGCAGGUUCUUCGCGCUGGCCGGGGGAUGCGUGCCGCCAGCGCACUGUGGAGCGCAAGUGCCUUCGUAUAUUAACGGCCAGGGCAGUGCGAACAUCUCCGUGAGCCGCGCCAAUGGACUGGGGCCAGGGGCGGCAUGCGUCAGAUCCGUCGCCAAACCUGCAGGACUUGCUCCAUAUGUGGGAUCUAAUGAAGCAGCUGGCGCGCGAAACUGCGCAGGACAAACGGCAACGAGACCAGAACUCCAGCAGCAUCUACAGGUGCAGCAGCGCGAGCCUUGCCAACCUGGGAAAUUGCAACAAUUUCCGCCAGAUGCGGGUAGCGCUGUGCAGGACCCGCCGCCUGAAGCGCCUCCUCUGUUGCUAGCUGAAGAACUGCCUGACGGGCAACUCGAAAGCUUGGUAGACUUUGUCCCUGUCACCUUCUGCACGGCUCCGACGGAGACGCCUCCUUUCAACGCGGCAUUCGCGGCUGCACGUCACCUGUUUCUCUCUACAUCCCUGGAGGGGACGACACUGAGGGCAAAUCAAUUGGCGUUGCGCUACUUCAACAGCAUCCUUGUGUCGCUGCAAGCAGCUCUGACAGAAACUGCACAAAACAUAAGUUGGAGCAACGGCAGUUCACCAGGAGUGGGUGAGGUCCGCUUUCUCUUAGAAGGUGCAUGCAUCCGUCUUGAUGGAAAGCAUCAUUCUGGUUUCCAGCAGAGAGUUGCAGAGGCCCACCGACAGAGGAAAGCAAAGCAACAGCAACUGCGGCGGUCACACCAGCUGCGCCAGCGGAAAAGGCGGCGGAUCGAUUCUGGAAAGGCUGUCAGCUCGGAAAGUGAAACCGAUGAUCAGGAGGACACCUCUGAUGGCAGUGAAUGCGAGGCGGGUGUCCCGAGGCAGCCGGGUCUUCUCCUUGACCUCUCAAGAGCCAGUAUGGCAGUGAAUGCGAGGCGGGUGUCCCGAGGCAGCCGGGUCUUCUCCUUGACCUCUCAAGAGCCAGUAUCUUGUCAGGCCCCCCCAAGCCUGUGCUGGAAGGCAGAAAUGGCUCUCAAGAACUUGAAAGUGGUCCCUGAACUGAACUUGAAGUGUUUGGAUACUGCAGUGGAACUUGGAAGGGCGUGCGCUGCUCGUGUUAUUGGUCUUGGCUGUCCAGGAUUUGGAGCUGAAACUUGUCGUGAAGCAGAGACAACAGUUACACAACUCAUCAAGUUGGAUGUAAGCAGCGAAGACGCAGAGGCCGUGCUGUGCAAAUGCUCCAGUGGCGGAGGCAGCUGGAUGCUUAAUGAAGAACAACAGCGAGUCAUUAUUGCGAUUUCGAGAUGGUUUGGCUACACCGAUGGGCGUCGCCCGUUUGGACCCCGAGAUGAAGCGCAGCUUCAUGAGAAGCAACAUGGGGAUGCAGAGGGAUGCGAAAACCAAGUUAAUCGUAGUGAAAAUUCUCAGGAGCUGCAGCAGGGUGAUUCCUCCAUAUUUUCCCAGGACAACAAGCACUCAGCCCUCCAGUCCAAGUCUCAGGCGACCCCGUCUGAAAAACAGGAAGAGGCUGGAGAUCUCAACAGUUCCGCCGUAGCGGUAGAGGGCAGUAACACGGUUUGUGCACCCGCGGUUUCGCCAGAUGACGACGACAUCGCGGACAUAUGUCUUUAUGCAGAUGACUUGGAUGAACUUCAGCUGCCGGGAGAGGAAUGUUCAGGGGUGGACAGGCGCCCUGAGGAAAACUCUAGCUUUCGCCUGGACCAGCCUAGCGCGGUAGUUACGGACCGAAACGUUCAGGAUCUGCGUACAGCCACGCUCGCCUCUACUGCCCACGAUUCACUGGCCGUUGGUAGUGAAGCCAAAACAUGCACUCCUCUGCAGGAUGAGAAUUCUAAGGUUGGCGUCGCCGAUAGUGAGAAGCAGUUCAAGGCCCAACCAGCCCAGCAGCCUCCUAAGGAGACCGGCCCAUCCGCCACGCUGGAGCCUCCUCCUGUAUCCGUUACCCUUGCUUCUUCGCUGGCGUCGACAGCAGUUAAUAUGCCUGCCUCGUCGGCUCCUGUUUUUCUAGUCCAGGGUGUCUUUGGCGCAGGCAAAACUACCAUGCUGGCAGCCUCUCUAGCGACUCUAUGCAGGCUCCUGGAUCUAGCGAAGAGCCGCAGCCGUGUGCUGUUGGUGUGUGCAACCAAUGCAGCAGUGGAUGGCGUGUUGCUGCGGCUGCUGCGGCAGUAUGAGUGUUGCGACUUUGCUCGCAUUGGCCGCCUAUCAGAGAUGCAACCUGCUCUACUCCCGUAUGCCAUUUGCAGCAGUGCUGCACGCAAUACAGCCGUGCACGAGUUCAAGGCCGUUUUGUCUGGCCUCCUCUCUGCGCCUGGUGCGCGCACGAACCUCGCAACUAUGGCGAAGCAGCUCCUCCAAAGCAUUGACAGCGGCUCCUUUCCUCCCUCGAUGCAGGUUGGCCAGCCACCGUACAACGCACUAUAUGCAGGAUAG